AUGCACCUCUGGCACGCACUCAAGAUGGCCGUGGUGGAGGGAUGGGGUGGACCCGAGUCAGACGCCAAGCGGACAUGGCUGAUGGGCGUUAUGGUGGACAUGUACGAAGAGCGUCCUCCAAACCCUCAGAACGGGAGCGUUGGUGGGCUAGACCAUGCAGAUACAGAGGAAAUACUUGCGCAGGCUUUCUUCGAUGAAUUUGGAGCUCAUUUGGAAGAUGGCAGCCCUAGGUCAGUCGCCACUCAGCUGCGUAGAGCCUGGGCUGAAGCUGUCGUUGGCGAUGAGCACUUGUCUAAGGAACUCACCGCCAAAUCUGAGAAAGAGAGGCAUAAGAAGAUGGCGCAGUUUACAAGAGGCGAGGAUGAGGAAAUUCCAUACUCAGGUGGCGAGAGUGAGAGUGGCGAGGAGGGCGAUGUGCAGAUGGACGACGAUAACACCACCCAAUCCACCCAGAAACCACCAAAACAAGAAAAGAUAUUCGACGACGAUGGCUUUGAGGUUGUACAGAAGAAGCAGAAAUAG